CCGCUUCUUCCGGUGAAGAAACAAGCUGAAUAGACAGAAGCACAAAAAAGGGGAUAAAAGUGGCGGGAAACCAAUAAUUUUGAUAUUGUCCAUGUAUAACUAUCAACACACCGAAUUGUGAAAUUUAAAACUUCUCUUCAAUCAUCAUUUCAUUUCAAUCCCAAAAAAGCAGCACCAUGUAUGCGAGUCAGUUCGACGGCAACGCAGCCUUCUCCGGCGGCGGUUUCAUGCCUUCUCAAACCACUCAGGGCAAUGACUCUCCCUUCACUCCCUCCAAGAAUCGUGAUGCUCAGUCCUUGCUUCCUCUGACGAUCAAGCAAAUUAACGAUGCAGUCGAUGCUUCUCAGUCAAAUGAUGAUAAAACAAAUCUUAUUAUUGACGGUGUUGAUGUCAACAAUGUUACUCUUGUUGGUAGGGUUUGCAAUAGACUUGGACGGCUUUCUGAUAUUAAUUUUGUACUUGACGAUGGUACAGGAACAAUUGAGUGCAAUAAAUGGCUUCAGGAUGCUGCAGACCAAAAUGAAGCGGAGGGUAUCUUGGAUGGAAUAUAUGUGCGGCUACAUGGACACUUGAAAGGUUUUCAGGGUAAAAAAACCCUAAAUAUUUUCUCUUUUAGGCCUGUGACUGACUUCAAUGAGAUUGCCAGCCAUUUCAUUGAUUGCAUUUAUGUUCAUCUAUAUAAUUCCAGAUUACGGCAAAUCCAGGCUAGUAUCCCCAACCAGCAACAUGUUCCUAAUUCCACACAAAUCACUCCCACAAAAGGUUAUCAAGCUCAAGCCAUGCCACCAAAUCAAUUCCCUGGUCAGCAUAAUAAUGGUCAGAAGAGUGUUGAAGAAAUGGUCAUAGAGGUUUUGCAUCUUCCCUCAAACAGGGCAAGGGAUGAGGGAGUCUCUCGUGAUCUUAUUGCGCAGCAUCUUGGAAUUCCUUUCGAUAAACUCAUGUUGGCUAUUAAAAAUCUUACAGAAGAAGGUGCAAUUUAUGAAGCCAUAGCUGAUCACUAUAAGUCAAUUGUCGACGGUUGACAUCGUUGUAAUAGAGGAAUCAAUAUCGCCAGAGUAUGCUCUAGUCUACAUAGGUUUAUAUGCAUACCAGUGAUUCUACAUCUGUAGACGUAAGGAAACCAUAGAUCUGCUAGAUUUUGAACAACUCGCUGUCUUUUCUUUUCUUGAUAACCAAUGUAUUCGACCCUUAAUGGGUGACAAAUAUAACAUGACUUGGAACGUUUCUAAUGUGUAAAGGGGGUUUUCUCAGACUGUUGACGAUUAAUCACUUUUAACUUUUAAGGGCAUAUUAUUAUUA